AUGAUGAUUCGCCAAGGAUCGAAAGAAAGGGAGACCAUUGGGCAGGAAAGAAAGCGCGUAAAAAGAAAGAGAAAAAGGCGAGGUUUGGAAGAUGUAAUUGACAGAACGAAGCGAAGCAAAGUGAAGUCAAAGGAUCGAGAUUGGCUACGUGUUCCGUGUUCCGUCAACCGAACUUACUCACUAUUUCUUCUCUCUACCGCGAUUCUUCCCUGUCUUAUCUCCCUUUCCUUUUUCUCGGAUCCUGGUUUUGCGGAUUUCUCGCUUUCUCGCUUUUGUGUUUUGAGUUUUGUGGCUAUGGAGCUAUUGAUUCGAGGAAAGUUCCCAUCUGGCUCAUCGAACUUGCAAUUGAGUACCGCUUCCCUCCUUUCUUUCCUUCAAGGCUUGAUCAUAUCAGCUGAAAGAGGAUGUACGCAAGGGGAACUCUCCCAACCAACAAGAACUUUUUCUCUUUCAUUGGCAUUAGAUCAACAAGAGGAGAAGCAUUUGAGAAGAAAGCAGCUAUCGAUCUUUUCCGAUCCGAUUGUUCGCGUGAGAGGGGGGUCAGGAGCUGGGGACAGGAAGGAGCUAGGCGGGGCCCUUUUGAAAGUCAAGUCCCUUUUGUUCUUGGAUUCUUCUGGUUUCGGCAUGAAGAGGGCUAGGGAGCCGGAGUGGAACCUGUACCAGAAAGGCGGUAGUUUACAAGGGAUUGGCGGACAAGAUCCUGAUAGUGAGGGGUUUGCCUGGGGCGCGUACCAAGCCAUUCUACUUCCACUUCCCGCGGCCCAUGAGCUGUGGGAAAGUCCUUUGUGGAUAGUCUCCCGAAGUUGCCUUCCCGAAAGACAUGGCUCAAACGACAGUCCCACCUGCGAGCUCAAAUUUCCCUCAUAUCCACAAUCAGUCCUCCCAAUGGUGAAGAACGGAAAGGAAGACAAAGAGCCGCUAUACUUGGUAAUGCAGCUAUUCCUUUCUCUCGAGCAAGACCAGGAUCGAUUCGACGACCUAACAAACUUUUCGAAGCGCAGUGUCCGAACGAAGCGAAGCGAAGUGAAGGAAAGGAGAACAAAGCAGUCUCUACUAGCAAGGCAAAUCAUUCUUGCCAAAGCAAAAGAGGCUCAUGUCCCGCUUCUUCAUGGGUAUGCCUUAAGUCUCUUUCCGGACCUACUCCCUAGGCAAAAGCUUUGUGCUGAUCUACGAAUGAGCCUUCUAUUUGAAGCAAAUCGGCUAUUGGGCUUUGACGUGCUUCGCUUCGUUUGUUGGGAUUCGGAAUUCAUUCAACUGAAACAGAAGCUACUGGCCCGAGUGUACGAGGUGAAGGAGGUCUCUAUUCAUGAGCAGAUGCACCAACUCCAUACUCAUCUGACUGUUAAAAGGAUAGGAGAGCCAACCGACGAUGCCUACAGCUUUGAAUAUAUGAUCCAGUCCUGUCAUUUCAAUUCUCAACUUACGACGACCUUGAGUGACCCACAGCAUGCCUUCUUUGAUAUCCGUUUCACACAAUUUCAAUACAUCCGACAGGAUAGACCUCUAAGCCAAAGAAGGAAAGCGAGCCACCAUAUAGAGAGAGUAGAGAAAUGGGCUAGACAAAAGUACGAUGCAAUUGACGCUCAUCCUCUUCCUCUUGCUGAUCCUGGUCUUGAGAGCUAA